UGUACCUCGUCUAGCCAACCAUCGCUGAAGCACGUUUCCUUGCGAUAAGCUGCCAGCACAGUUUGCUUUCCAUAUAAAAUCGGAUCGCAGCCUUCAAGCAGGCAACAUUCAAUCGAAAACUGUAGGUCAAACAACGGCAACCAUGAACGGUUUGAAGUACGCUCUUCUGGUUCUGGCGAUCGCCAGUAUUGCUUGGGCAGUUCCAGCAAGUCAAAACCGCCAAGACACCACUGCUGCUCCCAAACCACCUAAGGAUGACGCUCCGGAAGUUCCAGCCGUAGUUAAGGAAGCCUCUCAGCCACCUGCCAAUGUCACUGUCGGCAAAGCUCCGGAAGCACCAAAGAACCAGAGCAGCGUGGCCUCCGCUCCCGUAGCUGCCAAGGAUGCGAAAGACCAGAAGUCUCAACCACAGGUAGACCUUUCGGUUGCAUCGGCUGAGAGUGCUUCGGAAGUGAAGUCUGGCAAGGCCAUCGAACUGGAAAGUGCCCAAGUCGAAGAUCUGGUCGGUUCUCCAUUCUCGGUUGAAUUCGAUGGAAUGCAAGGCGAUCAACCGGCCUCGAUUGAAUCUGGAGAACUCGUCCCCUCAUCGGCUGCUGGAGCUGUCCGCGUUGUGGACGCUAAGGAACAGCCCGCUCUGCCGGUUGUCGUGGUUGAGGACAAGCCAGCCGCUGCUGAUGCCAAGCCUGAUUCCGCUCGGGAUGCUUGGGGCUCGAUGAUCGAUGGAAUUAUCGGUCAGCUGCAGGAUCUGAAGAGGAAAACCCGUGCCCUGGAAGACCUUGCCCACAGAAAGUGAACGCUGUUCGGCUCACUGUGAUUUGAAGAGUUUGGAUAGCAAAAUAUCCCAGCAAAGUUAAAUACCUCAUUGAUGCAAAAAGAUAUUUUCCACAUAGAAAGCAGCGAGUGUGUGUCUGUUUACCAUUAUUUACAGUUCAAGAUUUGAAUGACGAUGAUGUUUCAAUAGAUGCACCAAACAAACCACA